AUGGCAGAUUUACAGGAAGACUCUUGUUCAUCUGGAAGCACUACGUAUAAACAGGUGCAAGCUUGGACGGAUUCAGAGAUCGUGUUGCCUUGGUUACGGGCUCACCCGAGCAAAUGGACCACGUUUGUAGCAAAUCGGACCGCUGAGAUACAUCACACAUUAGGCAAAAACAUAUGGCGUCACGUGCCCUCAAAGGAAAACCCAGCAGAUUGUGCUUCACGGGGAAUGCAUGCACCAGAUCUUAUAAACUUCAAAAUGUGGUGGAACGGCCCAGAAUGGUUACAGAAAUCGGAGUCACACUGGCCAAUUAAAACACUACUCCAAGAUACGGAUAGCGAGAUACGAAAAUCGACUCUGUGUCACAACACGAUCAUAAAUGAUAAAGAAUGCAACGAGAUUCACGAAUUGGAAACACGAUAUUCAUCAUUUACGAAACUCAUCAAUGUAACGAGUUACAUCAAAAGAUUCAUCGCCAAAGUAACCAAGAGAAAUCUAAAUUGCAAUACAUUCAUAUCGGUGUCAGAAUUUAACGCUAGCGUGGAGAUGUGGAUACAAAUAGUGCAACAUAAACAUUUUUUACAAGAAGUGACACAAUUGCGGAAAAAGAAACUUAUUCAUACAAACAGUCGUUUAACGAGGCUUAAUCCUUUUCUGGAUCAAAAUGGAAUAUUGAGAAUGGUUAGCAGAUUGCGACACGCAGAUUUGAAUUACAAUGAGAAAUUUCCGAUUAUAUUGCCCGAUAGAAGCCAUUUUGUACGACUACUUUUAGAAAAAAUUCAUCGCGAAACUUUGCAUGGUAGUGCUCAACUUAUGCUCAACGUAAUAAAUAGAAAGUUUUGGAUAAUUGGUGCACGGAAUCAAAUUCGACAGCAAAUACAUAAAUGCAUCACGUGCUAUCGACAGCGGGCUGCAGUUCAAAAAUAG